CACCUCUGUCAAAGAAUUCCUCGCGCUGUUCUUGAAGUGGUUUAUGGUAUAACUAUUCCGUCACCACAAGAAGAAGAUGACAGCAACAGGGCACCAUUUGCAGACGAACUACUCUCGGCAUACGAGCGUAAGUCAGUUGUUUGGUAUUACUAUGGAACAGGAAGCUUGAAAGUAAACAAAUAAUAUGUUACUUGGAAAUUUUGGUUCAGCUGCAGUUCAGUUUCAGUUUGAACUUCUAUAAUUGAGCAACAUUUCUGGUUUGGACUGCAGUUCUAUUUUCAAAACUGAGGUUGUUGGUUUGGUCGUACUGACCCAGCGUUCCCCGUCUUGAAUCUAGGCACAAAACCGUAUAUGGCUAUUUUAGGCCAUCUUUAUGUCGUUUUUAUACUCGGAUUUUUUAAAUAGUGAAAUCAUGCCGGACUCUUAAGUUGUUAUUCCUGUUAAACUAUCUUUACUCUCAUGUUUACGUUCGGGGUGGUUGUGUUUAUAGAUGUCAGAGGUUUCAUGACUUCACACGGAAUCCCUGACGGCUCCAGAUCGGCUCGCUAUAUUCUGAAAGAUUACGUCAAGGUGAACAAUUUAAUUGUCAGCUUUGCUAGCCAAGAUUUGUAUGCAAGCAGUGCCUAUAAAUCCAUGCAUUUGCUCUUUAUAGGAGAUUUUUUUCGCAUUGACAUACAUUUACGGUUCUCAGUCACCCUCAAGAUUCCGAUCGAAAUACUGUUUUUAUGUUUUUGCAGGGAAAAUUGUUGUACUGCAUUGCACCUCCUGGAGAAGACGAAAAACAAUUUGAACAAAUGGGAUACAAAGUACAGAAACUUAUCGACGCUGAAGGCAAAGAAACUAACAAAAAAGAUAAAGUUCACAGACAGGUGACACAUUGUAUACAUCAUUGUUGGCUUCGCCGGCAUCAGCAGAAUUUGUACCAUUUUAGCCCUCGUUGAACAAAUUCAAGCGAUCAGCAAUCCUCUUUUUUAUUUAGUUGUUGAAAGUACUUAAACUUAACAAUAAAAAAAAGAUUACUCAGCCACCUGCUUCAAUGACCAUCGUUCGUUUUUUUUUAGAUGAAUGAUGUUGACAAGGAUUUCUUCAAACAGGUAUUUCCAUUUUUAUAAAGCCUUGUUUUGUUGUUACCUUCGAUGUAUAGAUUUUUUCUUAGGGUGCCUUCUUAUCGUUUUAUCCAAAAAUCUUCUUCUUUGAUGGAAAAUCUUCGUGUCCCAGAAUGCGAGGGCCAAAAAACAGGUUUAUUUUCGUACAGUUAAAGUCACGCGUAGUAAAAGCGUCACGCAAGUUUAUCAUCCCCAUGGCAACCCCCCGGUAGUCAUGUCCUGAUGAUAUGUUUGAACUGAACUGUACACGCCAUUUCCGAGUUAUCCCAAGCCUCUGUUUAAAAACGAGGCUAAGUGCAAAGCCACUGAUAUGAAGAUGAUUUUCUAUCAUGCCGUUUAAACCCAAGAAAGGUUUUGCAGUUAGCCUCGUUUUGAAAGUGAGAGUGUUUGGAACUCGGAAAUGGCCUGUUACGUUAUUUUAGCUCAAUAAAUUUAAUCGGCAGAGCUGCAAGUGGUAAAGUAUAAACAUAAUAGUUGAAAAUUCAAAUAACUAUGAUGUACGCAAAAUUAAAUUAAAUUUUAAAAUAUUCCAAACUUUAUCCUUCUGUUUGAUUACGCCCUCAAUGGGACCAAAGGUUAGUUAAAAGGCGCUUGCUUGGUUGUCCGAGAUGGACUGUUCCAGGUUUUUUACCCCUCUCUCCUCUAUAAUAUGGAGUUCCGGGAAAUAUUCGCGUUUGGUAUAGAAAGGAUAUUAUUUCCAUUUCUUCCACUUUCGCGAGCUGAAUUUCUCUAAAUAUAUCCUUCAGUUCUGGCAAAUUCCGUCGACCGUUCUUUGUACCUUUUAUGUAAACUGCACGUCUCACCCAUUUUCUACGCUUGGUGACAUCAUGGCAAUCCAUAUGAACCGGCUCAGUGUCAGCUGUAGUUCUUCCAGGUUACUGAACUGUGCCUUAUUCAAUGAUCCCCAGACCACCAGACGGUCGGUAUGUAACCGAUUUCGUUAUAACCUUUAGUCAGUCCUUCUUGUAGACGUCCUCCAGUUGCUUCCGAGAAAGAAAAUGCUUAUGCCGGCCGUACGCAAAGGGCUUCGUUUCAUUUGCAGUGUGAUCUGAACCGAUUUUGUUGUGCAAGGAAUCGUUCUUAGCAUUACCGUUGUACGAUCACUGAUUGCCUUGCCCUUGUCUGGUUUAACACUUGUUGCACACUUUUUCCAGAGCUUUGCGAGAAUGUUAUUGUGUGUUUAUUUUCAAUUUUUUACGACACAAAAGUUCGUUGUUUCGUCUGCGUAAACGUAAUUCUCCACAGAAUGACCUUCUUUGAGUGGUCGUUUGUGAAGAACAGAAAAACAGCGGAGACAUCGAGGGUCCCAGAACAGACCCUUCCGGUACUUCAUGUAAUAAUAGUUUUGUUUUUGAGGGACAUCCUAGUAAACUGUACAGGAGGCACAUUUUUCCCCAUGAAAAAAUCAUGUAGGCCUGAGCUGUUUUAACAUUUCAGAUCAGUUCAAACAUAAAGUAAUCCCAUGGAGUUUUAUUUUUCGCAAAAGCUGUCUUUGAUCUUUUCUUUUAAGGAACACGUCCGUUGCUUCUCGCGUGGUGUUACGCUUGGACCCAGGCCGCUCGGGGGAGUGAUCUCUGGACAAGACGGCGCUAUGCCUUACAAGCCUUGGAAGAAACAUUGCAACAAAAAUAAGAGAGAAAAACUCCGACGGCUGGCCAAGAAGUAG